GUUGUUCAAAACAGAAGAGCUUGCGAGUGUAACGGCGUCACAGCGCUAGACAUUAGCUGAAGAUAUCCUACCAAAAGAGGUUAAAACGGAUCAAAAAGCGAUCUAGACUUUGUCAACAAUGGCAGAAGGAGGAGAUGUGGAUUGGGAGCUCAGCAAAGAAAACAUUCAGCCGCUGAGGCGCGGCAGAGAUGUAUCGGUGUUGCAUCAAGCCCUUAGCCAACGAGAAGAAGGACCCACCUCUGCAAUCAACCAGCAGAAACAGAUGUUUGAGUCUGAACUUCGAAUGUAUGAAGGAGAGGAUCCACUUAGUGUUUGGGAUAGGUAUAUUAAGUGGACAGAACAGACCUUUCCUCAGGGUGGUAAAGAAAGCAACCUUGCAACAUUGUUGGAGCGGGCUGUGGCCAGAUUUACAGAUGAAAAGAUGUAUCACAAUGACCCUCGCUAUGUUGAUCUCUGGAUCAAAUUUGCAGAGAACUGCUCAGAGCCCCUCGAUAUCUACAGGUAUAUGCAAGCACAAGGAAUUGGAGUGACACAGGCGGCGUUCUACAUUGCUUGGUCAGAGGAGUACGAGAAUCAGGGCAGUUAUCGAAAAGCAGAUCUCGUCUAUCAAGAGGCGUUCAAGAAGUUUGCUGAGCCACAUGACAAGCUUCUUCAGUUUCACAAGGCUCUGCAGGCUCGUGUGUCCCGACAGGCGUUAUUAAAAUUGGAAAACGACAGCAGUGACGAGGAGCCAAAACAACCUGAAAGAGUUUCACUAGCCGACCUCAAACAUAGAGGGAAGAAGAAGGCCAUUGCUCCUGUCAACAGGACUGGGUCGGCAAUCAGAAGUAUUAGCGGAGGCCUGCCAUCACGCGGUACCCCGGUCCUUGGCAACGUCUCAAACAGUAAGCUGGUGAUUUUCGAUGAGAACAAAGCUGAUACUGCGGGUCCAUCAGAACCUUCGCUGGAAUCCUGGAUGGCUCCUCCCAAGUCACGGGCAAAAGAAAACGAGCAGAAGCCAGAUAAAUGGUGUGAUAUAAAGAUGCCCCAGAAAACAAAAUUUGGACAUGCAGUCAUGCCUCCACCACCUCCGAAACCCACCUUCCAACCAUUUGUUGAGGAGUCUGACCAGCCUCCAACAAUGACGCCGUGUAAGAUAAACCCGACGGUGAACUCCGUUCUUUCAGCGCGGAAGCCGAGUAAAGAAGAAACUCCCCUGAAAAGACUGCAAGAGCACCAGCAGCAGCAUAAGGAGGCAGAAGAAGGAAAACUGCAGGAGCGAAGCAUGUACUGUAAAGAGCUGCUGCUCAGCGGCGCCACCGAAUUCUGCUUCGAGGAACUGCGAGCUGAACACUUCUUCAAAAAGAUGGCACAAAAGUCCCAGGAAGCCAGAGGAGACGACUGUGAAGCCGCUGCCGAUCCUGCAAAGUGACACUUGCACCUUAAAAAAUUUGCCAAAAAUGUCACUAUCAUGUUGUAGUUGCUCAUGUAUAGUUUGUUUUCCUGUUAAUAUUGUUUUGUAUUGAAGAGGCUUUUUAAAAAAUACUUUUAAUUUCAAAGGAUUUUGUAGGGUUUGUCAAAAAUUCCUGCUCAAGAAAAUGCAGACUAAACAUUACGGUUAAAAGACAAACGGAAAGUCGUUUGACAUGCAGGUGUCCUGCCUCUUGAAAACUAUUACGUUUUCCAGCUUUUUUUUUUCUCAUGCUCUUCUUUAUAAAUAUGGAAAUACUCCACAUAAGUUUUUUUCUCUGUUCUUUAGAGCAGUGACCUUGAUAGGUGCCGAUAAUUUUUUUUUUUGUCCAUUUCAGUAUUUCUUAAUGGUUUCACUAGUACUUUUUCUAUGACACUCAAUUUUAGAUUAAAACCCUUGUUUGAAACCUCAAGCGUAAGUUUGUGUUGCUGAAAUAGUAAAGACUCUUUGGCAGUUUAAAGCUAAAUCCCUGAUGAUCAAGAUAGUUGAGAAAUGUUAGACACAUAAUUCUUAUGUGUAAUUGCAUGUUUUACUCUUAUUAGUUACCAUCUCACUAGAUUAUGAUAAAACGAGUAGUGAAUACAUGGUUGCUAACUAACAAUAUAUAAUUUAUUUUCUUUGAGUGACCUGAAGAUGCUCAACAUCUUCCUGUGUGAACUAAAUUUAGAUUUGGUCCAUUCAACAAGGAAUACAAGAUGCCCAAAAAGCUGGCCAUGUUUUGGCGACUUUCCCAGCUUAUAUGUGAAGUUUAUUUAUUUAUUAUUGCAUACACAAUUUACUAGAAAAUGUAAAAGUUCAAGCCAUUGACUUGGAUAUUUUCAUCUGAUUUUGAUGGGGGGGGAAGAGUUGAAGUUCCUGCAAUAGAUCAUGAUAAAAAUUGUUUCAUGAAAGUAAAUUGUUGUAUAAUUUGCUGAUGUUUUAAAAUAUGAAGUUUUACUAGAAAUGUAAUAAUUUACAACAACUCAUAACUCAAAAUGAGCUUGUAAAUUACAACUUUUAUGUGCUGUGAGAUCCUAGGUUUUUUUUUAAUUUUAGAUUAUCGCUGUAGUGUAAAUUACUUUAUCCUAUAAACUAAGAUUCAUAAGAUUACAUUGUUUGGGCAAAACAUCCACAUUAAGAUUUUUUUUUUCAUAAUAUCAGCUGUUGUGUGAAACAUGUUCAUUGGUUCACAUUAGAGAUGCAUAACAUUGUUUUUAGAACAAGCUGGGAGCUUUUAAUUAAAAUUAGGCUUACAGGUAAAACAGAA